CUUUGAGCAAUUUAUUCUCUGAAAACGAAAUAAUCUAAGAAAAUGUAAAUGUUAUGCAAUAUUGAUAACACGGACUAUCUUAGUCCGUGGUUGAUAAUGUUUAAUCACGAACUACUAGUAGUGAUAGUAGUAGUUCGUAGUUCGUACCAUAGAGUAAUAAUAGUAGUGAUAGUAGUAGUUCGUGGUGUAAAUGUGUGAUAGUACUUAAUUUUUUAUAAUUUAUAUUUAAUUUAUCGUAGGGUUGAAAAAAAAAAUUUUUUUAAACAUAUUCCACAUUUUUAUUUCCUAUUUGAUUCAUUCGUUUCCAUAUUAGAACAGAUACUAAUUUAUAUUUUGAAUAACUGUCAACCAAACUCAUUAACCAACAUUAUAAUGGAAAACGCAAAUGCAAAUGUGACUGACCCUAAUAUGGAUUUUGAUGCUUCUCAACUGGCCAGUGUUAAAGAAAUAUUUAAGUCAUAUAAUAAAUUAACAGAGUUAUGUUUUAUGGAUUGUGCGACAGAUUUUACAAUGGGUGAUCUUAAAAGUGAAGAAGUAAGGUGCGCUGAAAAUUGUACAAGCAAAUUUCUUAAAGCUUCUGAAAGAAUGACACAAAGGUUUCAGGAGUAUCAAUUGAUAAUGAAUGAACAUGUGAUUACUGCUCAACAAAAUGCCAAUGCAUAAAAUAUUACCAUUUAUAUAGUACUUAAAGACUUUUUUUAAACCUUUUAAGUUGUAGAAUCAUAAAUAAUAUACUUUAAAUGUAAUGUUAAAUUAA